UUACCGGUGGCGGGGGUAGUAAGUAGUAAACACUCUAUUUAAAGUCAGCUUUAAUGGAGGCAACACACUUCAUUCAUUGCUUUUGUAUCGAGUGGAAAAGCAAUACUUAAAAAAAGCAUUUUGCCUUCCCAUGUCUCUCUCUCUCCCCGUCUCCACCCAACACCAUUAUGGAAUCCACCGAAUUUGAACCUCUCUAACUCUUCUCUCUGAUUCUCCAAUUCUGUCGUCUUCUCCUCCCCUUAUACAUAAGCAAAUAUCUGGUAACCAAUCAGCUGAUCUUUCGUUGUUUUUUUUUUUUUGGGCAGUGGAUCUUGCUUCAGCCCUGCUUCUUCCAUUCCUUCAAUUUCAGGCAAUUUGAAGAACCAGAGAGUGUUGCUUUCGUUUGAUUGCAGUAAAUUUCAUGGAAUACUGGAACAGAAAAACUGUUGAAAUCAAGCCCAUCUCUUUAUUUUGUGUUGUUUGAGUGUUGUGAUUAUAACAAAUUGCGUAAGAAAGAGUUUGUAAUUGGGAGCGAGGGAGGGAGAGAAAGUGGGGUUAAGGUUUAAUGUUAGAAAUGAGAUUUUUACUACUUAAUUCGACAGGGCCACCGAUAAAACGAAGAGCAGGUUUGAGGAUAAAGCAAGCCGGACGAGGGUCUUAUCGGGGCAGUUAGUGAAGGGUUUUAGGCAUAUAAAUAAUUAUUUGGCUAGAAAUUGUUGUAUGUAGUAAAGAUUUGUGUUUUUGUCGAAAAGUCAACAGAUGGGAACUACUGAUCUGAGACAGCUGUUGGAGAGUCUUUGCCAUAAUUCAGACUGGAAAUAUGCUGUUCUUUGGAAGAUGAGAUAUGGGAGCCCAAUGAUUUUGACUUGGGAAGAUGGGUAUUUUGAUUGCCCAAAACCACGAGAACCUUUGCAAACUAUAUCCUCAGAUGUUUACUGCAAUGGUGGGAAUGAUCUAGUUUCUUCCCUCCGCGAUGCGAGUGCGUCUAAUGCUAACUUUGGGGGACAUCAAAUUGAACUUGUCGUGGCUGAUAUGUUGCACCUUCAGUAUCCCUUAGGAGAGGGGGUUGUUGGUGAAGUGGCAUAUACAGGGGACCAUUUCUGGCUUUCGUUCAACAAUAUUUUUUCUUGUGAAAUGAGCAAGAAUUUAGUUCCUGAGUUUCCAGAAGAAUGGCUACUUCAGUUUGCAUCAGGUAUCAAGACUAUUUUACUGGUGCCUGUACUUCCACAUGGAGUUUUGCAGCUUGGAUCAUUUGACGAGGUUGCUGAAGAUAUUCAAAUAGUUGCCUAUAUUAAAGGUAGAUUCAAUGAUCUUCACAGUACUAGAGAAAAUGCAGUUCCUCUCACUUUAAAGAGGGAGUUUAAAGCUCAGUCUACACUAAUCUCUUGUCCUGUUGAGCAAUUAAAUGCAACUUCAGCUAUUUCCAUUAGCCAAGUGAAAAGUGAAGAUUCAAAUUAUUCAAUACCUGUCAAUAGUGUCAAGCUACAUAAAGAUGAGCAACCAGAAGUUUUCAAAUGUGAAAGCAAAAAUAAUAGUCCAUCGCCUAUCUUUGCUGAUGUGUCCCCUCAAAGUGAAUCUCUAAGUGCCAGCCAACUGGGGAUGGUUGAGAGUAAGAUAUUUGAACUCUCUUAUCUGAUGGAUGAAUUGCAAGCAUAUUCUGACUGUAAUGAGUACAAUGUGGGAUGGUUUGGAGAACCCUUGGAUGGGAUGAUGAAUACUUAUCCUGCUGCAGAUAUGGUAGAGCAGUCAUCUGGAGGCAUGGAUGCCAAUGAUGUGUAUCAUAAAAAUAGACAGAGUUUUCUUAGCUUUCCCAAAGGCAGUGAGUUACAUAAAGUACUUGGACCACCUUUUUUGAGCCAGACCAAUGAAAAGACAUGGGAACCAUCUUUAUUGGUGGAUGAUAGUUGCAAGAGCUCAAAUUUCAUCUUCAGCGAAGAUCGCAGUGCAAGAAUUGAGCCUUCUUUGUUUGCUAGAGAAGGUGAGGUCGAGUUUCUGCUGGAACCAGUGGCUGGCAAUUCAUAUAGCAGUUCAGAUAAUACGUCUUCUAACAGAUCCCAUAGUUUGAAGUCAUCUGAAAGGUUGUCAGGACACCUUCUUGCUACUUCUCAAAACCAAUUUCAAACAAGAACCUUGGUGGGGGAUGAUUUGGCACCAUGGAGCCAUCUACCAUCUGUAUGUAUUUCUGGAAGUGGAAAUACUGAUACUACAGCUGCUUUAGAUAGCAUGAUGAGUACAAUUUUUGACCAGGAACAACAGGAAAAGGAUCAAAGUUACAAGCACCCUUGGAGAGGCCAGAAGAUGUCAAACGUAGCCAGAAGAAGGGCCAGACCUGGUGAAAACCAAAAGCCAAGGCCAAGGGAUAGGCAGCUGAUCCAGGACCGGGUAAAGGAGCUGAGGGAGCUUGUCCCAAAUGGUUCAAAGUGUAGCAUUGAUGGCCUCUUGGAUCAAACCAUAAAGCACAUGCAGUAUUUAAGAAGUGUGACUGACCAGGCCGAGAAAUUGAGGCAGUGGGUGCAUCAAGAGGUUGCUGAUCGCAAGAACUGCAGAUUGUCUGAAACCAAUGUGAAUAUCCAAAGUGGGAAAAGCUGGGCCUUUGAAUUUGGAAAUGAUCUACAGAUAUGUCCUAUUGUUGUGGAAGACCUUGCAUACCCAGGACACCUACUCAUAGAGAUGCUUUGCAAUGAUCGUGGUGUUUUCUUGGAGAUAGCCCAGGUGAUCCGCAGUCUAGAUUUGACCAUCCUGAAGGGCGUGAUGGAAAGUCGAUUAAGUAACACAUGGGCUCAUUUCAUUGUUGAGGCUUGCAAAGGUUUCCAUAGACUGGACAUAUUCUGGCCGCUGAUGCAGCUUUUGCAGAGGAAAAGGAGUUCUAUAUCUGGCAAGAUUUGAUGCAUCCUCGGCCCGUUAGAUGAGAUUUUAUUAGAAAACCUGGAUAUGAGGGGCAGUUGUGUUUCUCAUCAAACUAAAUGUCCUUUGUAUUUUAAAAUACGUAAUUCGAACUGCUGUUGUAUUAUUACAAGGAGUGAUGGUUUGUGUACAAAUGAAGAGAGCUUUUUCUUGCAAA